CGUCCAUUGCUCACGCUCCUUGCUCUCCUCCGAUCUCGCAUUUUUCCUCGUCGCCUCCAUUUCUCUCUCUCUCUCUCUCUCUCUCCUCUUCCCCAUCGUCGACCAUGGCGUUCGAGAAGAUCAAGGUGGAGAACCCGAUCGUGGAGAUGGACGGGGAUGAAAUGACCCGAGUCUUCUGGAAAUCUAUUAAGGAAAAGCUUAUUUUCCCAUUCUUGGACUUGGACAUUAAAUAUUAUGACUUGGGCCUUCCCAAUCGUGAUGCUACAGAUGAUAAAGUUACAAUAGAAAGUGCGGAGGCUACUCUUAAGUAUAAUGUCGCAAUCAAAUGUGCAACAAUUACUCCAGAUGAAGCUCGCGUUAAGGAAUUUGGCUUGAAGUCCAUGUGGAAAAGCCCAAAUGGGACAAUCAGGAACAUCCUUAAUGGCACAGUAUUUAGAGAGCCAAUUAUCUGUAAAAACAUCCCAAGGCUUGUUCCAGGAUGGACUAAACCCAUAUGCAUUGGAAGGCAUGCUUUCGGUGAUCAGUAUCGAGCAACUGAUACAGUUAUUAAAGGGCCUGGCAAGCUUAAAUUAGUAUUCGAGGGACAUGAAGAGCAUGUCGAGCUAGAGGUCUUUAACUUCACGGGUGUUGGAGGGGUUGCCAUAUCUAUGUACAAUACUGAUGAGUCCAUCCAUGCCUUUGCGGAGGCUUCAAUGGCCACUGCUUACCAGAAGAAGUGGCCACUGUAUCUGAGCACCAAAAAUACAAUUUUGAAGAAGUACGAUGGAAGAUUUAAGGACAUAUUCCAGGAGGUUUACGAGAAGGAGUGGAAGUCCAGGUUUGAAGCUGCAGGAAUAUGGUACGAGCACCGUCUUAUUGAUGACAUGGUUGCCUAUGCACUUAAGAGUGAAGGUGGUUAUGUAUGGGCUUGCAAGAACUAUGAUGGAGAUGUGCAGAGCGAUUUCUUAGCUCAAGGUUUUGGUUCUUUGGGUUUGAUGACAUCUGUCCUGGUGUGCCCUGAUGGUAAAACCAUUGAAGCCGAAGCUGCUCACGGCACAGUAACCCGUCAUUAUCGAGUUCACCAAAAAGGAGGCGAAACUAGUACUAAUAGCAUUGCGUCAAUCUUUGCCUGGUCAAGGGGGCUUGCACACAGGGCAAAGCUAGAUAACAAUGCUAGACUACUUGAUUUCACUGAAAAGCUCGAAGCUGCAUGCGUCGGGGCUGUCGAGUCUGGGAAAAUGACCAAGGAUCUCGCUCUUCUCGUUCAUGGAUCCAGCGUCACCAGAAGCCAUUAUCUGAAUACUGAGGAGUUCAUCGACACUGUAGCUGAUGAGUUGAGAGCGAGACUCUCGGGAAAAUGAAAGUUGCUUUUAUGUCCGAAAAAUCACCAGCGAUCAUGGUUAGCGGAAAAUGGAUUGUGUUGCUGAUGAGAAAAGUUUGGAAUAAAGAAGAUAGACUUCUCGUCCUCAUUAAUUGGAACAUGGAACUGAACUAUUUAUGCGAGGAGAGGUUUUCGUGCUCUAAUAUAUUUUGUUGAGAACUUUACCGAGACUUGUUUUCAGUUCGGACGACCAUCUCGUCACGAAUACUGCUAUUUCUCUAAUUUUAAUGGAAAAUUGUUGAGCAAAAGCCCAACUUUAUUUCC